CAGCAACCACAGGUAUUCAACAUUGUCCCUCAGCUCAGCUCAGCUCAGCAUAGGUGAGGCGGUGUGAUGGAUAUUCUUAAUCUCUCAGGCUCCUUUCUCUCCAGUUUUGUGAUUGCCUUUAUCCUCCUUCUCCAGAAGCCAACAUUGGCCUCAGGACAGUUCUCAGUGAUUGGACCUGCAAGACCCAUCCAGGCCUCAGUUGGGGGAGAGGCAGAGUUACCAUGCUACCUGUCCCCACCUCAGAGUGCUCAGCACAUGGAGGUGAUCUGGUUCCAAUCCACUCGGGUAGUACACCACUAUCGAGAUGGGGAGGAUCUGUUUGGAGACCAGGCCCCUACUUACCACGCGAGGACAGAACUGGUGAGAGAUGCUAUCACAAAUGGGAAUGUUACCCUGAAGAUACAGGACAUGAGACUCUUAGAUGCGGGAAAGUACAAGUGUCUCUUUGAGGAUGGUUUUCACCAAGAAGAAGCUGAGAUGGAGCUAACGGUCUCAGGUGAAGAAACUGUGUCACAGAUUUUACCACCAAUUUACUUUGUAUUCAUCUUUAUAUUUUGUGUGGUGUUAUAUUUAACAUUUUUAUUAUGGAUGCUGCGAAUCCAAGAUAAGAGUGAGCCUCAAAGGAAGAAAGGAUUAUUGCGUGAUAGCAACAGUGAUAGCUGGAGUCUGGAAGUAGUAAAGGAAGUGAAUAGCUUUCUGAGUCUCUCGCAAGGACAUGAGGAAUGGUAUAACAAAUAUUGGAAAGGACAUCCAAAGGAUGAAGUGUCCCUGAGGGCCAGCCAAGUAUCACUGAGUGCCAGAAGAUGGAAGGAAUAA